CACACCUUUCACCUUUACGGUUGAGAGGGUGUGUUUGUAAAGUAGUGUGUGUAGGUGAGGCACGCAUUGCCACUGCGCUCCCGCGGGUAUCAAGAGCAUCGAAAUGGAUAAGACAGGUGAACGGGGAGACUUUGAAUGGGUCUACAAUGAUCAGCCUCAUACUUCACGAAGAAAAGAAAUAUUAGCAAAAUACCCAGAGAUCAAGUCCCUGAUGGGGCCUGACCCCCAGUUGAAGUGGGUGGUGACAGGGAUGGUUCUCACCCAGCUUCUGGCCUGCUACAUGGUCCACGACCUCCCUUGGAAGUGGGUGUUCUUCUGGUCAUACGGCUUCGGCGGCUGCAUCAACCACUCACUGACCCUCGCCAUUCACGAUAUCUCCCACAACGUUGCGUUCGGCAACAAGCUGGCGCGCCUCAACCGCUGGUUUGCCAUAUGGGCCAACCUCCCCAUUGGACUGCCCUACUCGGCCUCGUUCAAGAAGUACCACAUCGACCACCACCGCUACCUGGGUGGCGACGGUCUAGAUGUGGACAUCCCCACGGACGCGGAGGGCUGGUUCUUUUGCACACCCCUGCGGAAGGUCCUGUGGCUCUUCCUCCAGCCAUUGUUCUACGCACUGCGCCCGCUAGUGGUGAACCCCAAGCCAGUCUCCAGACUAGAGAUGAUGAAUGCUGCUGUUCAAUUUGCAGUGAACUUUGUGAUAUUCUACCUAUGGGGGCUGAAGCCAAUUGUUUACCUCAUAGCUGGGUCCAUUUUAUGCAUGGGCCUACAUCCCAUCUCUGGACACUUCAUAGCGGAGCACUACAUGUUCCUGAAGGGCCACGAGACAUACUCCUACUACGGCUCACUGAACCGGAUCACCUUCAACGUGGGUUACCACAUGGAGCACCAUGACUUCCCCAGUAUACCUGGCAGUAAGCUGCCUCAGGUGAAGAAGAUGGCAGCAGAGUACUACGACUCCCUACCACAGCACACUUCCUGGACCCGGGUGUUGUGGGACUUUGUCUUUGAUGACAGCAUCGGUCCCUACACCAGGAUCAAGCGGGAAUAUAAGCUGGGCAAGCAGGAGUAGGUCCCACAUCAAAACCCUUUUCCCCAAUAUUCAGUGGUACUGAUUGUCAUAAUGAAACAUUGGUUUCAGACAGUGGCACUCCAGGCUCCUUUUCACCUCGUUUUAUCAUGUGAUUUACUUGACAAUAGCACACGUGGGCAGGCAAAAGACACAAUGUCAAUCAUUAGGUUUACCGUACUGUGAGUGUGCAGAACAGUGCAGAGAAUGAAACAUUAAAACUUACUUUGCAGUAAGAGGAGCUGUAUUUCAGUGAAGCUCUGUUUGAUGCUCACCACACAAAAGUUGUUUUUAAUCAAGAAAAUAAAUAGAUAAUAUUGCUAACAAUGUUUCUAGCAGAAAUGUAAUUGAAUAAAAAGUUAUGUUAUUACAUGUGUGAGGUUUCUGUGUGUAAAUAGUUCUAGCAUUACAGAUUUAUAUGUAAAAGGUAUUUCUUUACAAGAGCUAUUUUAAGAACAAAAGCACAACUUCUAUAUCAGGUUUUGUAUAGCCUACACUGUAUGUGUACAUUGUAUAUUUUUUUUACUAUUGUAACAUCUGAUGGAAAAUUAUAUAUAUUUUUUAUUGUCAUAAUAAUUGAAGAAUGCAACACACCACUCCAUACUGUAGACAGGAGACAGGUCUAUGGUUUGGUUUAAAUUAAUUUACUUUCCGAUUUUUGAAAUUUAAUUCAGAACUUAGUCAAAGUGAAUGUCACAAACGAUAUUAAAUCAUAUUUUCCCCCAAUAUUUUUUUUUCUCCUUUCAUCACAAAAAACCUUUGAAUUGAUUUAUGUAUACUUUUAAUUUAUUUUGCAACUGGCUCCAUUUUCACAUCAAAUUCAAGUUCAACCUUAAAGUAACUGUCCAGUGAAAGUCUCACUUUUAAGUUAAUAUUCUGUUAAAUCAUAUCCAAAUAAUGCUGAUGACUCAUCCUACACUCGUAUGUGGCCAAAGCAUAAAUUGGAGAAAAAAAAACCCCACGUCAAACUUGUAUCUCAAACAGAUCGAAUAAAAAAAAUGCUAUUUCCUCAUAGAGAAUGAUGUCAUCCUGCCUCAUUGGCUGAGCUGGCCAAUCAGCGGUUUAUUCGCGUGAAUCUUUUUAAUGAUCGGCAUACACCCACACCAUUCUGUUAAGAUACGCCCACACCAUUCCAACACAGAAAAGCUGUCAUUUAAGUAUUUCAUUCAUAUUGUAAUUAUAGGUCAUGUUUCAUUGAAAACUGGACAGUUACUUUAAAUAGCAAGGAGGAUAUUCACAAAAAAACAAACCACCAUUGUAAAUGUACCACCAUUUUGAAAACCCAAUUUAAAAACAAAAUGCAUGGUUAAUACACCGGACUAAACCAUAUAGACCAGGGGUGUCAAACAUACGUCCCGUGAGGGGAGAGGGGUUCCGGCCCGUGAGGGGUUCCAAUCCCGUGAGGGGUGAGGGGUUCCAAUCCCGUGAGGGGUUCCUGCUCGUGAGGGGUGAGGGGUUCCUGCUCGUGAGGGGUGAGGGGUUCCGGCCCGUGAGGGGUGGUUUGAGUAAAAACAAAAAAUAUUUUUUUUGCAUAUUUUUUUUUUUUUAAGUGGGGGGGGACUCAAUAUACAAAAAUGACCAAAUAAAACCAAGUCAAAACUGUGUAUAAAUGAUAAUGGGGGGGGGGGGGGAUUUU